UCAAAGCUGUAACUCGAGCGCAGUAUCAUUAAUACAAUAUUUGUUCUCCAAUUUCUUACUUUUGUCUCUCUAUCCUCUAGCAACUUACGUUAGUUCUUCAAUAGCAAGCAACACUUGCUUUAUGUCACCGAACUUAGCCAGCUAGCUAGCAGCAUUUGCCCCUAGCCAGGACACAAAAAGGGCUGAACUAUCACCGUCUCUCUAUAAAUCAUCAUAUUAUACCCAAAAUUAUCCAAAACAUCGACCAUUCCUUGAGAGAUAGAUAGGCCAAACAAUCUGAGUUUAACAAAUCAUGAGUAAUGAUUACUACUAUGAAUGCCCACAUGCCGUGGCAAUUCCUCCAGCAAAACCAUUCAUUGAGUCAAUAAAAUCGGGUAUCAAGGAGACUCUUUUCCCUGAUGACCCUUUUAGGCAAUUCAAGAACCAGCCAGCAUCUAGGAAAUUCAUUUUGGGAUUGCAGUACUUUGUACCUGUCCUGGAAUGGGCUCCUCGUUACACCUUCGAGUUCUUCAAAGCUGAUCUAUUAGCUGGAAUUACUAUUGCCAGUCUAGCAGUUCCUCAAGGGAUAAGUUAUGCAAGUCUUGCUAACUUACCUCCAAUCAUUGGACUGUAUUCAAGCUUUGUGCCACCUUUGGUGUAUGCCAUGUUGGGGAGUUCAAAAGAUUUGGCCGUGGGUACAGUAGCUGUGGCAUCACUUCUCAUAUCUUCCAUGUUAGGGAAGGAGGUUAACCCUAAUGAGAACCCUAAGCUCUAUGCUCAUUUAGCUUUCACCGCUACCUUUUUUACUGGAGUUUUCCAAGCUGCUCUUGGAUUUUUAAGGCUUGGGUUUAUUGUGGACUUUUUGUCCCAAGCAGCAAUAGUGGGUUUCAUGGGAGGGGCGGCCACGGUUGUUUGCCUUCAGCAACUUAAAGGGAUCCUUGGGUUAGUUCGUUUCACUAACGAGACUGAUCUUGUAUCGGUUAUGCGUUCAGUCUUUAGCCAAGCACACCAGUGGAGAUGGGAAAGUGGCGUCUUGGGUUGUUGUUUUCUCUUCUUCCUCAUUCUCACAAGAUACGUUAGCAAGAGAAAGCCAGGCUUCUUUUGGAUAAGUGCGAUGGCACCCCUGACAUCUGUUAUCGUCGGGAGUGUUCUUGUUUAUUUGACCCACGCUGAGCAAAACGGAGUUCAAGUGAUCGGGCACCUGAAGAAGGGAUUGAAUCCACCAUCUGUAUCUGAGUUGGCUUUUGGGUCUCCAUAUAUGAUGACAGCAAUUAAAACUGGAAUCAUAACUGGUGUCAUAGCUCUUGCUGAAGGAGUAGCUGUUGGGAGGAGCUUCGCCAUGUUCAAGAAUUAUCAUAUUGACGGAAACAAAGAGAUGAUCGCUUUUGGGAUGAUGAAUAUUGCAGGCUCUUGCACCUCCUGUUAUCUGACCACAGGACCAUUUUCGCGAACUGCGGUGAAUUUCAAUGCAGGGUGCAAAACUGCAGUCUCUAACAUAGUCAUGGCAACAGCUGUGAUGAUCACGUUGCUAUUUCUAACACCUUUGUUCCAUUAUACCCCCCUAGUGGUUCUCUCCUCCAUUAUCAUUGCUGCAAUGCUCGGCCUAAUUGAUUAUGAAGCUGCAAUUAGCCUCUGGAAAGUUGAUAAGUGUGACUUCAUUGUUUGCAUGAGUGCAUAUAUUGGUGUUGUCUUUGGCAGUGUGGAAAUUGGCUUGGUCAUUGCUGUCGCAAUUUCUUUGCUAAGGAUGCUCAUGUCUGUAGCAAGGCCAAGGACUUUUCUUUUAGGCAACAUUCCCAACUCCGUGAUUUACAGAAGCAUAGACCAAUACCCAAUUGCAAACAAUGUUCCAGGAGUUCUCAUUCUCCAGAUUGAUGCACCAGUCUACUUUGCCAACGCAAACUACUUGAGAGAAAGGAUAUCAAGAUGGAUAUAUGAGGAGGAAGAAAAGCUAAAAUCCACAGGAGGAUCAAGCUUACAGUAUGUGAUACUAGAUCUAAGUGCUGUCGGCAGCAUAGAUACAAGUGGGAUCAGUAUGCUUGAAGAAGUAAAGAAAAACAUUGAUAGAAGAGCACUCAAGCUCGUACUGGCGAACCCAAGAAGUGAGGUGAUUAAGAAGCUAGAGAAGUCAAAGUUCAUGGAAAGCAUUGGUCAGGAAUGGAUCUAUCUUACUGUAGGAGAGGCUGUGGCAGCAUGCAAUUUUAUGCUACAUAGAAGCAAAUCAAAUAAUCCUGCCACAGACAAAGUUGAGCUUGACGCUCACGAUAAUGUCUGAGGUAAAAGUGGACGAAUUGCCUGGUAUGCUUAUUGGGUCCAACCACUGAUCUGGUGUGAUGGUUCACCGCUGAAGAACCCCUCCUAAUCUGAUUGAUCCGAGCAUUGAAAAACCAGAUGAUUUUGUGGUGCAGUGGUUACAAGUUAAAGGUCUAAAAAACUGUGUAUCUCCUUGCAUCGAAUAUGAUAGCGUGUGGUUCUUUCUAGAAAUUAUAAAAUGUUGGUUCACAUCUAUGCUGGCUCUCUAUUCCUUUCACAUUUGAUGUUUCAGACUAGAAUCAACGUUUCAAACCCAUACUAAAACCGACGUGGGCCUCCCCUGCUGAUGCAUCAACAGUGAAAUCAUGACAUAAAAUUUGGCUGGAAAUUCUACCAAAGUAGCAUAGUUUGAACAAAAUGUGAAAGGUUCUGCCUAUCCACAGCACUAGCAGGAAAAGAAAACGGUUGUGCCAAAAAUCUCUAAAAAUCAUGGCUGGCGUACCAUCUUGUUAUCCAUACACACUUCUAUAAUUUAGUAUAUCGAUAACUCCUAUAGUUUGAAGCUGCUAAGAGAGUGGAAUAGAUUAGAGCUCCCAGCUGGAGUUUCCCAAAUUGAUACCAUGUGAACAAGCUGUAAAGAACAAAGUGCCCCUUUGAAAAACUAGCUUCUUUUGAUUUUAGAUAAUCUGCUAUUCAACGGAUUAUUAUGACUGACCAAAUACUAACAAUAAAUAAUGUUGCAGAAGGACUAGGUGUUGAAUAGUACAAGGGGUUUCCCAGAUUGUGUAACCAUGUGGACAAGCUCUUAAGAGCAAGGUGCCCCUUUGAAAAACUAGCUUCUUCUCUGAUUUUAGAUUAUCUCCUAUUCAACGGAUUAUUUUGACUGACCAAAUACUAACAAUAAAUAAUGCUGCAGAAGGAUUAGGUGUUGAAUAGCAAGGGCGAUCAUUUUAAUUAAAAAAAGAAAAAAACUACAUGCCCAAAAGUCUAUUCUUUCUGUCUUCUUAAUAAGUUCGUUUUCUCCAAGGGACGCAACUGGAAAACAGGAGUUCUUUCAGACCCUACCUGGGCUAGUUCUCUGCUCAUGGCCAAGAAAAUGAAUCUGGUUUCUCUUGUGCUCCAGUUCCUCUUCCUAGUCUCUCUCUUGUCUGGAGUAACUCAUGGCAGUGCUUACAGGUUCAACCUGAUGGAAAAGUCCCCAGCAGCUGAAGGCAGAGAUGACAGGCCAAGACCACCAUCCCCGAAAGGAUGGGAUUCGGGAGAGAUAUCUACACCCCCAUAAAGCAGAAGGAAAGGAAAAAUGCUGCAGCAGCAACCCGGCGUGCCUUGCAAUAGUGUUACGCGUGUUCAAGGUUUGAUGUAGUAGCUUACAUUUGGAUUUUGCAUAAUAAUGAUGGCUCAUGUCCUGUACAUCUUGAAGUGUUUUAAUAUACUUUUUGCCUUACUAAA